AGCCAGGUGUAGCAGUGUUCAGGUGUUGGGACUGCUGUUGGGACAGCUUUAUGUAGGCCCUAACAGUGUGUGGGCACCGUUUGUCACCUUUAUCGUGCAAUUAAUGAAUUGUUUCGUGUUGUGUUAGCUUUGCUGUCAUGGUGUUUAAUGGCUUUGCUGGCAUGAAUCUAAAACAAAUUGGGUGACUUUGCCCCACCAAGAUGAUCAUGCUAAUAUCACCCCUGGAUUUUAUGAUGAUGUCAGCCCACAUAGCCUUAAAGCUGAUCGUAGGCUCGCCUUGCCUUGCUUUGCCAUCUCCUCUUCUUCCCGCUGGCCUGUCGCAUUCUGUAUCAGAGAUCUAGAGGGAUCCUCCUCUUGGCGCCGCACAUAUAAAACCUGUGGCGUGCCACUCCCGGACACUGAGUCCAGAGCCUCACCCACGCAUGCGCCGCGGGUUCAGCAUCCUCUGCGCUGACCAGCUCAGCGGAAUUAACCACACAGCCGCUACCAGACGAACGUUCUCUCCUCUUUUUUUCUACAGGUGCAGGCUGCCAGUGCUGUGACUGCUGCAGGGUGUUGGUCAGUGGAACUGCAGACGACUGGUCAGUGGGUGUCAGUCUGGCCUGUUUGUCUGUCUGUUUGGGUGAGCAGGACAGGAGGAGCCAUGGCUAACAGGGGACCCAGCUACGGCCUGAGCAAGGAGGUGCAGGAAAAGAUAGAGCUGAAGUAUGAUCUGGACCUGGAGGCCCUGCUGGUGGACUGGAUCGUAGCUCAGUGUGGGGGGAACCUGGAGAGACCACAGCCAAGCAGACAGAACUUCCAGACCUGGCUGAUGGAUGGAACAAUUCUGUGUAGACUCAUCAAUAGCCUGUACCCGCAUGGUAAUGAGCCCAUCAAGAAGAUUCUGGAGACCCAGAUGGCCUUUAAGCAGAUGGAGAAGAUCUCCCAGUUCCUGCAGGCUGCCGAGGCCUACGGAGUACUCACCACAGACAUCUUCCAGACCGUGGACCUGUGGGAAGGGCAGGACAUGGCUGCGGUGCAGAGAACCUUGAUGGCCCUAGGAAGUGUUGCCCUCACCAAGGACGAUGGACAUUACCGUGGCGACCGAGACUGGUUCCACAGGAAAGCUCAGGGUUACCGGCGGGAGUUCUCUGAGGACCAGCUUCGUCAGGGCCAGAGUCUGAUUGGUCUACAGAUGGGCAGCAACCGUGGGGCCUCGCAGUCCGGCAUGACGGGCUACGGUUCGCACCGCCAGAUCAUGUAGAGACACCAGCCAGCUGCCCAGCCAGCUGCCAGCCACUCCCUUAGCCUGGCAGUGUACUCCAGUUACUGGACCUCCAGAAGAGAGCUCCACCACACUCCCUGAACCUCAUGAAAUGACCCAACCCCUUUUUCCCCUUCCCCAGCAACACCAGCCAUUCAUACAUUCAUACAUACAUACAUACAUACACAUUUCUAUUGUUCGUCCCCAACACCCGAACAGGGUGCUCCAUAUACCACAACCACACCAUGAUUCCUACAGACCUCCAGUAGUUUCUGCUUACCCCACACCCACUCUCCAGUCCUCCUUGGUCCUGCUCUCUCCAUCCAUAUAGCCCUGCUCUCUCAGGCCUGCUCUCUCCAUCCAUACGGUCCUGCUCUCUCCAUCCAUACUGUCCUGCUCUCUCCAUCCAUAUAGUCCUGCUCUCUCCAUCCAUAUGGUCCUGCUCUCUCCAUCCAUACGGUCCUGCUCUCUCCAUCCAUACGGUCCUGCUCUCUCCAUCCAUACGGUCCUGCUCUCUCCAUCCAUACGGUCCUGCUCUCUCCAUCCAUACGGUCCUGCUCUCUCCAUCCAUACGGUCCUGCUCUCUCCAUCCAUACGGUCCUGCUCUCUCCAUCCAUACGGUCCUGCUCUCUCCAUCCAUAUAGUCCUGCUAGCCAUUCCCUUCAGUGGAUGAAGUCUUAGUAAUUCAGUCGAUACAGAGAACCCAAGAUUGGAGUCGUCCCUCUACAAAACAAGCCAAUAGUAUUUUACACUACUACCAAAUAUAACAGCAAGACCAUGUUAUAGUAUGUUACACAUUUUAAUUAUUUAACUCUAUUUGUUUGUUUGUAUGUACAGUAAGUGUGUCUGAGUCCUUGUACAGUCAUGGAGGGUUUGCUAUACCUCAUGAGGUGUUUCAUGUAUAACCGAAUGGAUCUCGAUGAGCGAUGAUGCCUCUGCUGUCUUGUGUUAAUUAUGUGAAGACUUUGCAGUAACUGCUGCAACCAAAUGACCAUCACGUUGUGCCUGGUUACUACAGCAAACAGACAUUAAACUAUGCCUUAUAUAUGAAAUGUCACCCACCAUAAUGCAGAGGAAUUCAAAGGCAUGUAUUCAGUUCUGCCGCCUGGUCCUGUGCUGUGCAUUUAUAACAUAUGUGUAAUUAUAAUGUAUGUACUGGAUGUGUCCAUGUGUGUUUCAGCCAAUCCCAUGAUUGUUUAAGAGCAGUGGUGGAAAAAGUACUUCAUUGUCAUACUUGAGUAAAAGUAAAGAUACCUUAAUAGAAAAUGACUCCAGUAAUAGUGAAAUUCACCCAGUGAAAUACUACUUGAGUAAAAGUCUAAAAGUAUUUGGUUUUAAGUAUCAAAAGUAAAUGUAAUUGCUAAAAUAUACUUAGGUAUCAAAAGUAAAAGUAUAAAUCAUUUCAAAUUCCUUAUAUUAAACAAACCAGACGGCACCAUUUCGUGUUUUUAUUUUUUUUACGGAUAGACGGGCACACUCCAACACUCAGAAAUAAUUUACAACACAGCAUGUGUGUUUAAUGAGUCCUCCAGAUCAGAGGCAGCAGGGAUGACCAGGGAUGUUCUCUGUUUAAUGAGUCCUCCAGAUCAGAGGCAGCAGGGAUGACCAGGGAUGUUCUCUGUUUAAUGAGUCCUCCAGAUCAGAGGCAGCAGGGAUGACCAGGGAUGUUCUCUUGAUAAGUAUGUGAAUUGGACCAUUUUCCUUUCCUGCUAUUUAUUCUAAAUUUAACAAGUAAUUUUGGGUACAUUAUUUUCUUUAGGAAUGUAGUGAAGUAAAAGUAAAAGUUGUCCAAAAUAUCAAUACUAAAGUAAAGUACAGAUACCCCAAAAAACGAAUUAAGUAGUACAUUGAGGUAUUUUUACUUAAGUACUUUACACCAAUGUUAGAGCCAUCUUGUAUGAAAGUGACACAAGGAUCAUUCUGUUCCUGGCCUGAUAAUGCUUGAUUAGAUAUUUUUAAAUAUCAUUUGUCAUGUUUACAUUAAGAAUUAUGUUUAUAUCUGAAAUCUUGUGUGUAGAGGAUAUGACAAAUACAUGGAUAAAAACUGAUUCUGGAGUUAGGGAUGGGUGUGUAUGUUCUAGAACACUAACCGGAAAGGUCAGAGUUGAUGGCAAUGGUGUAAUUUAUGGGGUCAAGCAUUUAACAAUAAUGUUGAUGUUUCAGAUGCAGAAGAUUAACACACAUACGUUAACAUCUCCCCAUCCCGAGUGUCCCUUGUCUUGUGUUCUGUUGCUAAUGAUUUCAGUCAAUUCCAGGCCCCUUAACCUUUUAGUUUUAAGACCAUUUGGGAGGAGCUAGACAGCCACCACACAGGCCAGCAUUGAAAUUCUGCAUGUAUUGUCUCCCAAGUGGUGCAGCGAUCUUAGGCACUGCAUCGCA